AUGUCUGAAAUAGACGAAUUAGUGAAUAUUUUUAAUAGUACUCUAAGGACAGAUUCCUCAUUAAAUUUAGAUAAUUUACCUCCUAUAAAAGAAUCAGAUUCAGAAAGUUCAGAUUCAGAAAGUUCAGAUUCAGAAAGUUCAGAUUCAAAUAUGGUAGAUAAAACUAAUUAUCCACUUUUGCAAUUAUAUGUAGACACUAUUCCAAAUUUUGAUGGGAACCCCCAUAUAUUAACUGUAUUUUUAGAUGCUUGUGAAAGUUUGAUUGGACAAUUUUCUGAUCGGCAAAAUAAUGCCGCUACAAUUAAUGCUUAUAUUUUAAGAGCUAUUAUUGGCAAAUUAACCGGGAGAGCUUUGAGUUUAAUAGGCUCCCGUAGUGAAUUAACUGUUUGGAUAGAUAUAAAAAAUUUAUUAAUAUUAAGCUUUGGUGAUCAGAGAAAUUUAGAUUGUCAUGUACAAGACUUGAUUGCUUUACAUCCUUUUAAAAAUGAACCCCCAUGUCGUUUUGGUAUGCGUUGCCAAGACUCUAGAAGUUUAAUUGUAUCUAAAAUAAAUGCGUCAAAUUUUUCGCCUGAAGAAAAACGUAUUAGACUUCAAAAUUAUAACGAUUUAGCUCUUAAAACAUUUAUUCACGGCCUCACAGGUCAAUUACAAAAUAAUGUUCGUUUACGAAACCCAGAUAGUUUAGAACAAGCAAUGGCAUUUGUAGUCGAAGAAGAAAAUUUUCUUUAUAGUUCACAAAAAUCAAAUUUUUCAGAUUCUCAAAAUUAUAGACCUGUAAAUAACAGAAAUAACUAUUCAAAACCCCAGCAGCAAAGGCAACCAUCACAGCCAUUACAAAAACCUUUUUAUUCUAAUAAUUUUAACAGAUUUCAUUCAAACUUUAAUAAUUUUCCAAGACAAAAUAAUCAGAACUUUCAGAAUCAAAAUCAAUUCGUUCAGAGACCCCAGUUUAACCAAUCAAAUAAUUUCAAUAAUCAAAAUUUCAAUCGAAAUUCAAAUAAUUUCAAAAAUCCAAAUUUUGGUCAAUAUUCGACUAAUUUCAACCGAAAUAGUCAAAUUUCAAGAAAUACGAAUUUUAAUAAUAGAUCAAAUAGUAUCCCAGAGCCAAUGGAUACGUCAUCUGGAAAUACGCGUAUAAAUAAUCAUAACCUUUACUUGCAAAAUUCUGAUCAAAUAGAAAAUCAAUUCGAAAAUUCAUUCAAUAAUCAAAAUAAUAACGGUGAAUACCAGUUCCAAGAAAAUAAUGAUUUAUCAACAUUUAACACAACUUACGACAAUAACAGUCCUUAUCAAAAACAAGACAUUAAAACGAAUCCAACACAGCUGACAUAUUUCCAUGAACCCUCUCAAGGUCCGUCUUAUGAUACUUUUGAUAACCAAGUUUCAAAUUUUCGCGUGGGAGCUCUAACACAAAGAGAAACGUAA